AACUUGAUGUUGCUGGGUUUUUUCCCCCACAUCAUCAUCCUCACACAUGGACGGACUGAGUAUUGUCAUAGCUCUCUUAGAAGCUGUUUCCUGCAGUCAGAACUGGGUCUCCGGAUCAGUGCUUGAGCUGACGGUCAAUCCAGGAGACAAUGUCACUCUCUAUUGUGACUGCAAAUCCUCAACUGGACAAUACACAAUGUGGUUCAGGAACUGUUCUCAUGAGAACCAGCCUGUUCUUGUUCUCAGAACUAGAUUCCAGAACCACUGGGAAUGCAAAAGUGCAGAUAUUCUGAAUCUAUCCCAUCACUUUCGUGUAUCAAAGAAUGAAUCGUCUGAAUGCUUUGACCUUCUAAUCAUGAAUACGACCAAGUCUGACGAGGGUCUGUACUACUGUGGAACUGAAUACUUCGAAGUGGGGGAUAAAGAACACAACAUGACUCCAAAAUUUCUUUACAAAUAUGGCAAUGCAACAACAAGGAUCCUGCUGAACUCCAGUGAGCCUCAUCACCAGACUCCCUGUGACUGUGGUCUUUGUUGGACACUGCUGUUGGCUCUGUGUCCAGCUUCAGUUGUGCUUUCUUCUGUCCUCUUCUCGCUGCUGGUUUAUCUCUUUUGUCAGAAAACAGCUAAAGACAAUCAGGUUGUUCAACAAAGUUAUGAUGCACAUCAAACAAGAGAGACACAGGAUGAAGAUGUGUGUUAUGCUGCACUGGACGCCCGUCCAACAUCACAGAGACCAAAGAAGAAGAAACCUCAGAGCUCUGACUUCAGUAUCUACUCUGCCAUCAAAACCCCCAACACAUAAAGGAACCAAAGAAGUCAAUUUAAUUUUUGUAGCGUCGAUCAGUGAACAUUGUGUUAGAAGCUGUGUAACGCUGCUGUAUACAAUAGCAAGCAAGCAAAGAUUUAAAACAGCACACUUAUUUUUUGAGUUUUAUUUUAGAUGUUGGUAUAAUGAAUAUCAUCAAAGUUUGAAAAGUCGGACCCAUAAUUAGUUAAGUAGUUGCCUCUGUACACAACAGUGAUGGAGUUGAAUUGAAAGAAAGACAUACGUGUAGUGAAUACUGCUAGCUUUAAUUCAAGGGGCUUUGUAAAAAAAAAAAAAAAAUUGCAUUAACUAUUUAUGAUUUACAGCCAUUCAUUGUUUUUCAGAGACAAACUAAAUA